AGAAAAGGGGCGGAGUCUUGCCCGGUUGUCAUAAAGUCUCUGAGUCAAGCAGACUGGACUCAGUGAGACAUGAGGACACAUGAUCAUCAGCGGCAUCAAAGCUUCACCAUGUGACCCCUCCUGGCGCCACCAUGGAGGACUUCCUACCUGGUCCCCACAACAUGUCCUGGUCCAACUGCACCAACGCCACCCGGGCCAACCCUUUGAAACGCAACGACGAGGUGGCCAAAGCCGAGGUGGCUGUGCUGGUUCUGGUUCUCCUGCUGGCCCUGGGCGGCAACCUGAGCGUCCUGUGGGCCGUGCACGCCGCCAAGCAGCGCCAGUCUCGGAUGCUCUACUUCAUGUGGCACCUGAGCAUCGCCGACUUGGUGGUGGCGGUCUUCCAGGUGCUCCCACAGCUCAUUUGGGACAUCACGUUCAGGUUCUACGGGCCCGACGUGCUGUGCCGGCUGAUUAAGUACUCCCAGGUGGUGGGCAUGUUUGCGUCCACCUACAUGCUGGUGCUGAUGUCCAUCGACAGGUGCUUGGCCAUUUGUCAGCCGCUCAGACCGGCGCACACCACAAGGGACCGCAUGUGCGUGGGCACGUCCUGGCUGCUCAGUCUCAUCUUCAGCACGCCUCAGGUGUACAUCUUCUCCAUGCGGGACGUCGGGGACGGCGUGUACGACUGCUGGGGGGACUUUGUGCAGCCGUGGGGGGCCAAGGCCUACGUGACCUGGAUGAGCCUGAGCAUCUACAUCCUCCCUAUGGGCGUCCUCAGCGUCUGCUACGGACUGAUUUGCCUGAAAAUAUGGCAGAACUUCAACCUCAAGACCAGGAGGGAGCACUUCCUGGCUCGGGCCCCCAAGGGCGCGCACCACCUGUGUCGGGUGAGCAGCGUCAGGCUUAUCUCCAAGGCCAAGAUACGCACCGUCAAGAUGACUUUUGUGGUGGUGCUGGCCUACGUCCUGUGCUGGACUCCUUUUUUCUUUGUCCAGAUGUGGUCUGCCUGGGACCCUGCAGCUCCCAGAGAAGACCCAGCCUUCAUCAUCACCAUGUUGCUGGCCAGUCUGAACAGCUGCUGCAACCCUUGGAUCUACAUGUUCUUCGCGGGUCACAUGUUCCAGGGCGUGACGCAUGGCUUCGUCUUCUGCUGUUGCUCUUGCAGCCGCUUCCUGUCCGCCUCCUCCGGCAGCCGCCAUCACAACAUCAACAACACCAGCAGCAGACAGAGGAGCUCGGCACACACGUCCAGCACACACACGGACGCAACAUAACAACAUAUUCUCUCAUCAUUUGUCAUAUGAUAUGAACGCCAAGACAAGUUUCAUAAUUAAUAGAAAUAUGAAAUAUGAUUAUUAUUGCUGUAAAUUGAUCAUUGUUACAGUAUAACACACAUUAAAUCCUACAUGAUGCGAUAGACAGAAACCUACUGAGAGGUGUCCCUAAUAAUGUGCCCAUCUCCAUGGAACAAAGUAGAAAAAACUCCCCAGGAGGCAAAAAUUACUAAGAAUAUAGAAUUAAAGUUUGCCGACUUCAUUCUCUUUCUGUAUGACGGAUAUUCCUAUUAUUUAUGCAAUAAAAUAUGUAGACAAUUGAUCAUUACAUUUUUGGUUGUUUUGAAAUGCUGGCCAAAAACAUCUUGAUAAAAUGAUUACCGUAUUUUCCGGACCAUAGGGCGCACCGGAUUAUAAGGCGC